UCUGAUCUUCGCGGCCGGCUGUUGGAUGGCUGCAAUUGCAGAAAUACAGUCUUUUCAAGAAUGGGACGAAGAAUGGCAAACCGUCGAGGAAGAUUUUCAAACCUUCAAGGUAGGGAAGUUUUCAGAUUACCAAAAGAAGAUGGAUGAUUUCCACAGAAGUCAAAAAGCUUGCCUUAGUAGUGUUAAUGUUAUGAAAAGGAGGAUGCAAGACUUUGACAAAGCUCUAAGACGGCUGGAAAAGGGGUCCUCAUCAGACUCUGCAAAAAAGGCUGCAGAGUUACGGUAUAGAAUGGACUUGCUUGACAGCAAGAUAAAAGAAAUGCAAAGAUUUCUUCCUUCUUCAGCAGGGUCUUUCCUAAGACUUUGUUUAGGCGAUAUCAAUGUAUCACUCUWCCACAAAAAACUUGAGUACAAAGACAAUUAUGAAAGAUUCAAAUUGAAGAUGACAGUUGUGUGUAUGGUGUUCGCAUUCUUCAAUCUUCUUAUCUUGAAUUACAGGUUAACAGAUAGUUUGUUUCAUGGGGUUCUAGUCUGGUAUUAUAGUACACUUACACUACAGGAACACAUUCUAAUAGCUAAUGGCUCAAGGAUAAAAGGAUGGUGGGUACUUCACCACUAUGUUUCUAUUCUGCUGUCUGGUUUUCUUCUAAUAUGGCCUGAGGGGAAAAUGUACCAGAUGUUCAGAGGUUAUUUCUUCUCUUUUUCACUAUAUUUAAGUUUUGUCCAGUUAGUCCAGUACCAAUACCAAAGUGGGGUACUAUACAGACUAAGAGCACUUGGAAUUAGCAAAACUAUGGAUGUUACUGUGGAUGGUUUUCAAAACUGGAUGUGGAGAGGGAUAGGAUUUGUUCUGCCGUUCCUUCUUGCUGGAUAUUUAUUCCAGCUGUACAAUGCGUACGUUCUUUUUGUCUUGGCAACUCAUCAAGAUUGUAGAGAGUGGCAGGUGAUGGCUACAGGAGUUACCUUUUUCGUUCUCUUCCUUGGAAACUUUACAACUCUGCUWUAUGUCAUAAAACAGAAGAUAACAAAAGGCAAAAACCUACGAAUCCCUUGCAGCUAGUCAAACAAAAGAACUACUAAAGAAAAGAAAAACAAGGCUACAUUAACAAAUAUUAAAUUUAAUAUCUUGAGUUGAUGUAAAAAUUAUAUUUGACAGUUACAAUAAUUUCUGAAUUAUCAUUUUAGCUCAAAAAGCAUUUUUCCUCAAAUUUUUUUUCCACAAAAAGCUAAACAUUAUAAAGCUUAUAUUAUUAGUCUUUCUGGAUUUAAAAAUAUAAAGCUCCAAACAAAAUGCUUCAAAAUACACUUUUUCUGAUAGCCAUAAUAAUGAUCAAUAGCAAUAAUUUAUGUAGAAGUAAUAAUUAUURUGGUAGACUGAUUUUGAUUGAAAAAUAAAUAAGUCAAUUAAAAAUUACAAGUCAAUAAAAAAAAAUAAUUGUCAAUCAACAUCAGUAUGCUUGGACACAACACCCAUUUCACGUAACAUGUUAAGUGUUCCUUCCAUCAGAUAGUCAACUCCCCUGAGUGAGAAAUAAWAUACAAAUUAAAUUUA